CCCGAAUUGCAGUGUUUUUGUUUGACAAAUCCAAACCCUGUUCUCCUCACUCAUUCCCUCAUCAUCCCCUCAUCCCCUCAUCGCUCACCAAGCAUCAGUGAAGCAGUGACAGUGAUGAGCAGCACUCGAACGCCACCGCCGCGACCGCCACCGCCCGCCUCUGCUGCGUCAUCAGCCAUCAUGCAAACGCCGACAGCGCUUCCUACAAGGACGAAGACGACGGCUGCGACUGCUGCUGCUCCUGGGACUGCGACCACUUCGACUACUACGACUGCUGCUGCUAUGACUGGCACGCAUCAUGAUGACGCUCAGGGCGAGGGCGACCAUGCCGUGAUUGCAACGCAGGAGCUGCUCGCGUACAUUGAGCGGCUGCAGCGGCGAAUGAGCGAAGUGCUCAUCGAGAACGACGCGCUCAAGUCAAAGUCCGUCCAGCAGGCAGCGCGACUCGGCGAGCUCGAAGCACUGCUCAUGUCGCAACAUGCUGCUGCAGGAACGUCGAACGAGACAUCGACCUCGUCAACGUCAGCGUCAGCGGGAUCGCGGAGGAGCAGAAUCAAGCAACGACUCGUUGCCGGCGUACAUCGGUCAUCCGCGGGCUCGACCGGCGCAAGUGACCAUGUCAAUGAUCAUGGAUGGAACAAGUCAACGGCUGCGCAACCGGCGGCGACUGGCAGGCGCGAACGCAUCAAGAACGUGUUUCACAGGAAUCGCAAGGCGCCGGACGAGCAACAACUCGAUCACGAUCAUGACCAUGGCGAUGGCAAAGCGCAGGCUAGCUUGUCAACGCCGUCGUCCAGCGCUAGCACUGGCAGCACUGGCAGCACUGGCGCAUUCGGAUUUAUCGCGCGAGGCUUGUUUGGGCGGAAUUCCGCUCCGGCUGCUCCCGCGCCAUCCGCUCAAUCCGCCUCAUCAUCAUCGGCAUCAUCAACGGCAGCAAGGACAAUGUCAAGCUCCAGUCAAGGGUCUGACCAGUCGUCGUCGGUCUCUGAGACGGACAGCCAGCAGCAUCUCGCAAACAUGGAACACGACACGACUCCGGACGACGCUUCCUCUUCUUCCGAAGUCACAGACGAGUCCCAGGAGGAGCAUACGGAAGACGAGCACGGAGACGACUCAGAAGACGACGAAGGCAAUUCCGAAGAAGGCUCCCGCAACGCGUCCGAAACCAGCAGCCAGCGCGAGUUUGCGCGCUUCAAUCCGCCAAGGCGCCCUGUUGCUCAAAUGUCGAUUGAUGUGCACGACGACGACGACGAGGACGAGGAGGAGGCUGAGGACGAAGACGAAGAUGCUGAUAGCCACGGCGGCAACAGCGACGACGACGACGACGACGCCAACGACGAACUGAACGAUCAAUUCUCGGAGGAUUUCGAACUGGACGAAGACCCCACGGUGCAACCUUCCAGCAAUCCCUCUGCGCCGACAGUUGACAUGCGACGCGGCUUCCUGCUCUUGCCAGCUUCCGAAGCCGCCGCCAUGUCCCCUGCGCAGGUCGAGGCGGCAGCAUCUUCCAACACGGCAGCCCAGCCUACGUUGCAGCGAUCCCGUUCAAAGUCCACGACCACUUCAUCCACCUCAUUCCCGCCGGUGGCAGUUUCGGCAACCUCACCCUCGCCACCACCAUCAACCCCGCCACCCGCCUCGAGCGACCUUGUCUCGGGUUUGUCCUCCUUCUUUCGGCGCGUGUCGAGCGUCAUCGCAGGCGAGCCCGAGCCAGAGCCCGAGCCGGAGCCGCCCAAACAGCACGUGUUUUCGACCGUCCACCGAAAGCGUCCAACGUGGUGCGACGUGUGCGGCGCGCUGCUGUGGAGCUUUGGACGCGCAUCGCUCACCUGCGAGGAUUGCGGCAUGUUUGUGCACAUGGCCUGCAAAGAGCGCGCUGGAGUGUGCGAUCCAGAGGCUGCCCACGCUCAAUCAUCGCGUACGCAACCACACUCGGGCGAGUCGGCUUCGACGGGACCUGGCGCUUCGCAGGCGCCUCCCGCGCCGACGUGGUCGAUGGCCACGACGAUCGCCAACUUUGGCCAACGUGCCGGUUCGGUCCGGACCCACACGCGCCGAAAGUCGUCUUUGCAGCGCUCGGACAAUGCCGCCAAAACGAUGGCCGAGGCGGUGGCCAGCGCCAAUGCCCAAGCACAGGCACGCAUUGCAGCAGGCACGCAGCAGCGAUUGAGCGACCCGGCUAGCUCGACAGCCCUCACAGUGCCGUCGUCACAGACCUCCAUUGCCUCGACGGGUUCGACCUCGUCAACCACUUCCUCCGCGUCCGCGGGCUCAAUGUUUGGACGGCUGGAUGACGAGACCUUCCUCCUUCGCCUGGUCGUGGUGGGCGCCACCAAUCUGCCAAAGAAGGACUUUUGGGGCACUGUCGACCCGUACUGCAUCAUCUCCUUUGCCGAUACGACGUACAAGACUCGAGUGGUGCGCAACAAUCGCAACCCCGUUUGGAACCAGCGUCUCUUGCUCCUCGUGCGGCGCACGCAAGCCAAGUUCCAUCUCGUGUUCACCGUGUACGACCACGACUAUUCGCGCAGCAACGACUAUGUUGGCUAUGCCGUCAUCACGACGCUCAACGAGCUGUGUAACACGCGAACACACGAAAUGGAGCUGCCGCUGUUUGACGCCCAAAAGGACGACGUGCAGGUGGGCUCGUUGCAAGUCAAGCUCGAAUUCAUGAAAAAGCAACAGCUCGAGGUGUACUUUUGGACGCGCCUCGUCUCCUUCUUUGACCACAACGCCAGCAACUCGUUGGAAAUCGACGAGCUGAGCAUGCUGCUUGAUGCCCUCGGUUGCGAUCUGGAAUUGGAGCAAGUGCACCACAUUUUCGAACUCGCCGACACCAACAAGGACGGCCACAUUUCACCGCAGGAGCUUGCGGCUGUUGUUGCCAGCGAAGCAACCGGGCACAGCCUCAUCCAGUUUGAACGCUGCCCCGUCUGCAAGCAGUCGCUUCCAAAGGACGACCACCAGACGUUGCUGCACAUUGCCUCAUGCCUGGAAACCGACCCGUCGUCGGUGGACGACUUUGUCAUGGGCGGCUUCCUCACGUCGUCUUACGCCUGCAAAGGCUGGGUCAAGAAGCUCUUUGGCAGUCUUACCUAUGGCCGCUACAGCCUGACUGCCAACAAUGGCAACAUUCUCGUCAUCAACCGCGCCACGGGCCUGCUCGAGGAGGAGGAAAUCCCGCCCCACAUUCGGCUGUCCCUCCGUCUGAUUUACCAAAGUCGGCUGAAACGCACUGGCGGCACGCUCAUCAUGUCCAACAUGCUCAAGAUGCUGCGCCACCUGACUGUCAAGCAGGGUCGCAAGUUUGACGAUCCCCUCAGCGUCAAGCACAUUGCCCCGUUCAUCCGGUACCAUCACCUCAACAUGAGCGAGUUUAUCGAGCCGGCAGGCGGCUACAAGACCUUUAACGAGUUCUUUUAUCGCCAGCUUGUGCCUGGCGCGCGGCCUCUCGAAGCGCCCGACAACCCAUCCAUUGCGCUCAGCCCGGCAGAUGCUCGCUCCAACUACUUCCCAACGAUUCACGCCGCCACCGACCUGUGGAUCAAAGGAGACGCAUUUACCCUGCCAACGUUGCUCGACGAUCCCGUGUUGGCACGGCGCUUUGAGGGCGGCUCGCUCGCCAUCUUCCGCCUUGCCCCGCAGGACUACCACCGGUUUCACAUUCCCGUGAAUGGGUACAUUUCGCGAAUGUACGACAUUGAAGGCGAGUACAUGACCGUCAAUCCGAUGGCCAUCCGACAGCCCGACGUGAACGUCUACACUGAAAACCGCCGCCAAGUGACGCUCUUUGAAACGUCAGAGUUUGGCACGGUCGUCUACGUGAGCAUUGGCGCGACCCUUGUCGGGUCCAUUGCCAUCACACGCCACCUGGGCGAGACGGUCAAGCGAGGCGAAGAGUUUGGCUACUUUGCGUUCGGCGGCUCGACCUUGGUGCUCUUGUUUGAGCCUGGCCGCAUCAUUUUUGACGAAGACCUGAUGGCAAACAGUGGUCGCCCCGUGGAGACGCUGGUUCGGGUGGGCACGUCGUUUGGGCGAGGCACUGUUGUCGUGCCAGUCACCCUACCGGAAUCGCACCAACCCAAUAAGGCCAAGGCGCCAUUGAAUGAGGGCGAAAGCUCUCCGCCGUCCUCCAAGGCGUCUCAUCCCAGCCUGGAGGGCACCAACCAGGCCAUUGCAGUUCUGGCAAGCGCGCUCCCAACCCAUGUGACACUGCCCCGAUCGUCGUCGCCGCUGCUGUUGGGACCUUCGCCGAACGCUGGUGCACCCAGAUGGGGCCCGACAGAUCCCACCCAUUUGAGCGUGGCCUCCACGACCGACCACGAAGUGCACACGGCACCGCAUCAGCGCCAUGCGACUCCGCUGCUGGCUCUGCCCAUUCUUGGCAUUGCGACCGGCAUCCAGCACGGUACUGUCAUUCCCAGGUCGGCCACCAUGCCGGAUUUCUCUUCCGUUGGGGAGCAGCACUCGGCUGCCACUCCUUCCGCGUCAAGCGGAGCGCACGUCCCGUUGGUGUCGCGCGCGCAUGGCCUGAUUGGUCGCAUUCAACCGCCUCACCUGCACCUGCCUGGUAUCCCGAAAGUGCCAGUCCCAUCGCUGCGUUUGCCUGCCAGCAUCUGGAGAGCAACAACUGCUCCUGCUUCGGUGCCUGUCCCGCCGGCUUCGGCCCCGCCGGCUUCCGUCCCGGACAGCGACGAUGAUCCUUCGGUGUAUGCCUCUCCCUCUGGCUCCCCACCACCAGAGACGGUCGAGCCUGCAGCUGUGCCACAACCUGUGCAAGAAGCUGCACCCGAGUCUUCAGGUUCUGCCUCCUCAAAUAGCAACGCUUUGCCAAUGGAUGUUUCUCAGGAUUCGUCGCAAGCUUGAGUGUUUAGAAAUGAGUUUGUUUACUAUUCGUUUGUUUCAUCGUUUGACAAAAAUACCAAAAAUGUCUGUUCCU